AUGAAAAAUCAUGAGCUUCGACCUGCUGGAUCUACACCAUUUUCUGAAGUGAAUGAGGUGUACGCCCACCAUGCUAGGCGUGGAAGGGGUCGCGGAUCUGGUCGAGGACGUGGACGUAGGCGUGGCCGAGGACGAGACUAUGGUCAAGAAAGAAACCAUGUUCCUGGCAUUAAUCACUCACCAAAUAAAUGGUUCCAUCAAAAUGAACAAAGAAGAAGUGACAAACGUGAAGCAGGUAAAAUAUGUGUUUGUUUUAAAUGUGGAGCAAAAGGACACUAUCAACGUGACUGUCGUACUCCCAAGCAUGUGGUUGAGUUUUAUCAAGCAUCACUAAAAAAAGGGGGGGAAAGCCCUGAAGCUAAUUUUGUCUCAGAAAAUCAUACUGACAUUGCUCACUUAGAUGUAGCAGAUUUCUUUGAGAAUCCUAAGGGAAAGAUAGAUCACCUGAUUGGUGAUGGUUCUGUGGCUACGGAAGAAUGA